UUGUGUGCAACUACAAAACGUUUUUCCUCUUUUACAGCUCCCAAGCCCAAACCACCACCUCACCGUUUUCUCGUGGAUCAGCCAGAUCGACUACACCCCAUUCAGCUGCCUGAAAGUGUAGUUACCGCUCGACCACUGAUUGUUCGGGACGAAAUCACUAUGGAUGCUCUUCGCAAAGGGAGACUAUUCGGAGCGAGCAAGUCCCCUGCACCUGUGCCUUCCACCACGACAGGAGUGAGAGCUCCUAGCACAGCCAGAUCACAACCUCCGAGCACAGCUAGAUCGCAAAGUCAAGAAGCAAGAACAGCUGCUGCUAUAGGAACUCCUUGUGGGAGAACAACGGGAGCUCCCGCACAACCAGAAGUCGCUACGACGGCUGCACGAACUUCAUCAGCAGAACGACCAGCAGAUAAUACAGCUAUACUUCAUGGACCGUCUGGUUUGGCAAUCAUCGCUAUUCCCGAUACCGCGGGAGGAAUUCAAGUACACCUUUGUGACUCGACAAGUGGAAUAUACAAAGACUUCUUCGGAACAGGCGGAACAGCAAACGACGAUGCGAUUGGCUAA